UGUUGUAAACUCUAUUUUCUGAGAAAUCAGAUAUAUAAAUUGAGUUUAAAUACAUUUUCAUGUGUUCUGUUUGCUGUUUGAAUCAGGCAUGGCUAUGGCGAGAGCAUUGCAAGCUCCUGAUACAGAAAAUCCUCAUGGAACUCCAGGACAUAAGCAUUAUACUUGAGUGUUCUCCAGCAGCGUGCUGCCCAAGAUGACAAUGGAAUAGGUCUUCCAUGGGAGACUUAUAGUGGUAAGAAAAAGAUACGAAUUGUAUACUCAUUUUCUUUUCUUGGAAAGAGAAGAUCAGCAAGGCUUUUGAUCCCAUAUUUAUUCAUUUUCUUGACAUUUUUCCCCCUCUUGAAUUUUCCCCAUCCCCCCAAUUACCACAGGAUUUUGUUCAAUUGAUUUCAAUCCAAUUUUUCUCUCUUAUCUGGUUGUUGUUAUCAAUGGAGUCUUGAGCUAUGCUACACUGACCAUGGAUAACCUCAGCUUCUGAUUAAUUGUCACCCAGCAGAAGGGAAGAAGCUAUGUAUGUAUGUGUGUGUGUGUUUUGUACAAUUGUAGCUCUCUUAGUGCUUGAUGUUUCAAAAUUUCACAAUUUCAAGUUCUUUAUUAUCAAUACUUUGACCAUUGUUGAGGUUGAAGAUGGGAUGUUGUUUAUCAUGUACUGUUUUCUUAUAGGGAUGGUUUCCUUCCUCCUUUUCCUCCAUAUACAUAUACGACAUACACAGAGCCAACAUGGCAGUUAUUAAAAAUUAUAAACUAAGUAGGUGAUUAUAAACUAAGUGGGUGCUUGUCAAAUUAUGUAAUUUUAAAAAUUCAGGAGCUAAUAUAGCAAAUAGUAAUUCUUCUAAGAAGUCUUCAUCUGCUACCCGUAAGAGGUCAAUUUUGUCUUUUCUUUUCUGUCUUUUCUUUUUGAGGUCAAUGGUGGGAAGAAGAUAACAUCUUCUGUUCUCACUUAACUGCCUGCCAAAAGGGCUCUUGAAACUUCAUAUAAGCUUAAUUUGGGAAAAUGAUCUUCCUAUCAGAUAAAUUUUACUUGUCAGUUUCAUUCUAGCUACAAUCCUUGAUUCUUGUGAUAAAGCUUUAAUGGCAGACAUAGUUCUAUCUCCGGUUCUGCAGGUGAUUUUUGACAGACUAGCUUCUCCAAUACUACAAAAGGCUGCUGAUGUUUGGGGUCUCAAGGAUAACUUCAAGAACCUGCAACAUGCCUUGUUAAUGGCACAAGCUGUUCUUGAAGAUGCAGAAGACCAACAAGGAACCAAUAAGGCUGUCAGAACCUGGUUGUCAAAGCUUAAGGAUGCAGCUUAUCAUGCUGAGGACCUGCUUGAUCAAAUCACAGCUCGUACAAAGAUGUCUAAAACAGUGGAAACAGACUGGAUUUUCAGCUACUUUAGAAAAACGGGGUUUGAAUAUGCAGAAAGAUUGAGAUUAAUGCUUCAAGAAUUAGAAAAUACUGCAGUGGAGGGUUCAAAAUUCCAUCUAAGACAGGGCAGUAUGCAAUCUAAAAGAAGGGAAACAGGCCCUUUUAUUAUCGAAUCAGAAAUCUAUGGAAGGAAGGAAGAUAAGGAGAAGAUAGUCAAACUUUUAUUGUCCAAUGAAGGAUGUGUGUCCUUUAUUCCGAUUGUUGGAAUAGGAGGACUAGGCAAGACAACUCUUGCUCAGUUAGCACAUAAUGAUGAGGAGGUAACAAGAUAUUUUGAUGUUAAGAUUUGGGUUUUUGUAUCUGAUGAUUUUGAUGUGCAAAGGAUAAUGAUGGCAAUAAUUGAGUCUGCAACUAUGGAUAAAUGUGAUAGUUUGGCAAUGAAUGUACUUCAGUCUAAGAUCUGGGCAUUAUUGCACAAGAAGAGGUACCUAAUCGUGCUGGAUGAUGUUUGGAUUGAAGAUCAUGAAGAGUGGGACAAACUAGAACCUCUCUUGAGGGCUGGCAUUGAUGGGAGUAAAAUCAUUGUCACUACCCGCAGUAAGAAAGUGGCAUUCCUAACGACCUUCCCAACUAUUCCAUACUAUUUGAAAGGUUUGGCUGAGGAAGAUUGCUGGAAAUUGUUCAAGAGUAGGGCUUUUCUACAAGGGGAGGAAGAUCAGUAUCCAAAACUCUUGGCCAUUGGAAAGGAGAUUAUCAAGAAAUGUGGUGGUGUACCAUUAGCAGCAAAAACUUUGGGAAGUUUGAUGCGCUUCAAGAGAGAGGAAAGGGAAUGGUUGUUUGUGCAACACAGUGAACUUUGGGAUUUGGAUGUAUAUCACACUGGAAUUUUACCUGCCUUAAGGUUGAGUUACUUUCAUUUGCCAUCAUACCUCAAAUGCUGCUUUACCUUCUGCUCAAUUUUCCCUAAAAGAUAUGAAAUCAAGAAAGAGAAGUUAAUCAGAAUGUGGAUGGCUGAAGGCUUAAUCCAAUCAGAUGGAGCUAGAAAACGACCAGAGGACAUUGGAGAGGACUACUUCCAAGAUUUAUUGUGGAUGUCCUUCUUUCAAGAUGCUGGGGAUACUGAUGGUAGCGGCAUAAGUGCAUACAAAAUGCUUGAUGUUAUUCAUGAUCUUGCAAAAUUUGUUGCUGGAAAAGAGUCCGUUAUAGUAGACCAAGGCCUUCCAUCAGAUAAUCUUGCACAAACUCGCCAUGCAUCUGUAAUUUUUGAUUUUAGGUCUCCCAAUAUUCCUGAAGCUUUAUUUGAUGCAAAUCAUUUGCGGACUCUCAUAUUUUUUCCAGGAGGUAACACCACAGACGGUUAUUUUAAGGUGUUCAAUAGUUUUCCUUUUUUGAGGGUUUUAGAUGUCAAUACCUCAGCCUUUCGGUAUUACCAAUUUGGUCGCUUGCUGUGUUUGAGAUAUCUUGAUCUGUCUUACACAUCUAUCAUCACCUUGGAUUUUAAGAUUGAAGAACUUCCAUUUUUGCAAACUCUUAUUCUAUAUAGUUGCUAUAAUCUUAAGGAAUUGCCUACCAUUGCAAAGAUGCUGAACUUAAGACAUCUCAAUGUAACCAGAUGUGAAUCACUGUGCACCAUGUCAAGUAUUUUUGCUGAAAUUUAUCGACGUCUUGGAUGCUCCUCCAGCAGCAGAACCAAAUGUGAAGCGCUCUCCUACUUGAGCUCUAUACCUGGACGGUCUAAUCAGCUUCAGACACUGCCAACAAUUAUGGUUGGUGGUUUUCUAGACCUCAUGUUUCUGGGACAGCUAAAUCUACAUGGUGAGCUAAUGAUCAGACAUUUGGAGAAUGUGCUUAAGUCAGAUGAUGCAAGAAAUGCCAAUUUGGUUAGGAAAGACAACCUUGAUUCAUUAGGGCUCUGCUGGGGAAAUAAUGAUAAUGUGUCAACCUUAAAUCCUUGGAUGGAAUGCAAAAAGACUAUGUUCCUUGGAAAAGACCGGCAUCCCUCAUAUAGACCAUCAGAAAGGCAUCAACUUAGUGCUGACGUUGCAGAAGAAGUUAUUGAAGGCCUCCAACCACACCAAAAUUUGAAGGUACUAGUUGUGAAAGGAUACCCAGGAACAAGAUUUCCAAAUUGGACACUGCCAAAUCUUACGGAGGUUCAUUUCACCAACUGUGAAAGAUGUAUAUGUCUUCCUGUCCUAGGGGCUCUGCCAUCACUUUCUAGACUCUCCCUGCACGGAAUGCCUUCCAUGAGGGGAAUUGGGAGAGAGUUCUAUGGUGAAGAAACCGAAAGGCCAUUUCCUUCUCUUCAAGAAUUUGAACUCAGCAAUUUCCCUAAUUUGCAAGAAUGGUUUGAUGAAAAUGGCAGAGCUGCCUUCUCUAUAUUGAGAAAAUUAAUUGUCAAGAAAUGCCCCAAGUUGACUUCAUUGCCCUUGAUUUUGUCUCUUCAGCAUUUAGAACUGCGGGAUUGCAGUGCUAUUCUAUUUAAUUACCUUCAAAGUUCAUCCUCCCUUAGAAUUCUUGCAAUUGAGAAAGUAGCAGAUUUGAUAUCUUUCCCAGGAGAGUUUCUUGCAAACAGCCCCCUUACUUCUCUGGAGAUUGUAUCUUGCCACAAAAUUUGUUUAUUGCCAUCAGAGUUGGGUAGCCUCAAGAGUCUUAAGUCACUAAAAAUUCGUUGGUGCGAAAAUCUUUCCUCGCUGCCACAAGGUUUGCAGAACCUCAAGGCUUUGGAGUUGUUGGAGAUUGCUGAUUGCCACAGUAUAGUUUCCAUGCCAGAUGACGGGAUUGGAGGUUUGAGUUCCCUUAGAAGCUUGUCCAUUGAGAACUGCAAUAAUCUGACUUAUUUAUCAAUGAGUCUGCAGAAUCUCACAUGUCUUGAGCACUUGACCGUCAUGUAUUGUCCAAGUCUUGUUUCUAUGCCGAAGGAUAUGCAUCACCUCUCUGCCCUUCGGAGUUUGACUAUCUUAAGCUGUCCUCAGAUUUUAUCUCUGCCUGAAGAAUUAAAAUAUGUAACAACACUGGAUUGCUUGGAAAUUGGGAGUUUUCCAGGGCUAAUGGAUUUGCCAACAUGGAUUGGAGACAUUUCUUCGCUCAGAUCUUUAAUAAUCUCUGACUGUCAAAAUCUAAAACAGUUGCCAGAAAGUCUGAAACUUCUCACUGCUCUGCAGCAUCUGUCUAUUCAAGCUUGUCCUAAGAUUGAAGAAAGGUGUAGGGAGGAAGUUGGUGAAGACUGGCGAAAAGUAGCCCAUGUUCCAUAUAAAUAUAUUGGAUCACCUGAUGUUGGGCAGUCCAGUGAAUCAGGCAGCUCCUCCGUUUGAAAUAGCCAUCUUGCUAUUCUUGAGUGACUAUAAUCUAUACAUUCAGUUCAUCUGAACGAUUUUCACCAAAGCAAUCCUGUAAGAGUGGCUCAACCCUCAAAACUUGACAUUUCAAGUCGAACAUGAAUAUUUCAGAGUGAACUAUUUUAUUCCGUGUGUAGUUAAGAAUAAAUGAAAGAAAAAAGAGAAGAGCAGCAGCAAAUAGGCUUCUGGAAACAGAGCAGCAAGGUUGGGAUAGCAGCAACAGUGAUCAGAUCCAAAAUCCACAAAUUUCCAUCCAGAUUCCUCCAUCUCUGUCUGUUCAUUCUUAUGAAAAAUCAAAGCUUUGGAAAAUAUAAUUUGCAGGCUCUAAUUCAUUAAGCUUUACAAAAAUUCCAGCAGGUGGAGGCUGCUGUGGAGCUCACCUAAGCCUCUUUCUCCAUCACUUGCUAGUCGAUUAGGUUACUUUUUUCUUGUUUUCCCUUUUCCAUUUGUGAUAUAUAUAUAUAUGCAGUUUGAUAUUGUAUGUUUUGUUUUGUAUUUGUGUAGAAGAUUUCAAUGAGAAGAGAACGAUUGAUGUUGGUUUGACUUCUAUGAGGGAUAAUUUUUAUUUAUUUAUUUGCUUUAAGACA